AAGUGUAUUUUCCUCUUCAUCUGUAGCUACCUUCUCGCGAGUCAUCAUUCACCAGAUUCCGAGUCAAUGAAGCGUUCGCUUCAUUCUCUCUGAUCACUCACUCACUCACUCCCUCCUCAAUUCAUUCGAUCUCGUUUUGGCGGGAAAUCGAAGCAAGCAAAUUCAACAACCGAAUCGAAGAUAGCUAUAGCAAUGGGAGUUUCAGAGAAUUACAAAGGAUUGAUACUUGCCGUGUGCUCCAGUGCAUUCAUCGGUGCUAGCUUCAUCUUGAAGAAGAAAGGCCUUAAACGCGCCGCUGCACGCGGUACUCGUGCAGGGGUUGGUGGUCAUGCUUAUUUACUAGAGCCACUUUGGUGGGUUGGCAUGGUAACAAUGAUUACUGGGGAAGCUGCUAAUUUUGUUGCUUAUAUUUAUGCUCCGGCGGUUCUGGUUACUCCUCUCGGCGCGCUUAGCAUUAUUGUCAGUUCUGUUUUGGCUCACUUCUUGUUGAACGAACGGCUUCAGAAGAUGGGAGUAUUGGGAUGUAUAUCUUGUAUUGUGGGAUCGGUUGUUAUAGUCAUUCAUGCACCACAAGAACAUACGCCAAAUUCUGUCCAAGAAAUAUGGGAAUUAGCCACUCAACCAGAAUUUAUGAUUUAUGCCGUCGCAGCAGUUUCGGUAGUUUUGGUCCUGAUUUUAAAUUUUGAACCUCGCUAUGGACAGAAAAAUAUGCUGGUCUACUUGGGAAUCUGUUCAUUAAUGGGCUCACUUACGGUUGUGAGCAUCAAAGCCAUUGGAAUUGCAAUAAAGCUAACACUUGAUGGAAUAAAUCAAAUAGGUUAUCCUCAGACUUGGUUUUUUGUUACAGUGGCCAUAAUAUGCGUCAUUACACAGUUGAAUUACCUUAACAAGGCCCUAGAUACAUUCAAUGCAACAAUUAUAUCUCCUGUAUAUUAUGUGAUGUUCACAACUCUUACUAUUAUUGCCAGUGCAAUAAUGUUCAAGGAUUGGUCUGGUCAGGAUAUCAGUAGCAUAGCCUCUGAGAUAUGUGGGUUUAUCACUGUUCUGACAGGAACAAUAAUUUUGCACGGGACUAAAGAUCAGGAAGAGUCUACUAGGAAAGGGGCCCUGACAUGGUUUAUCGAUGAAGAUUCGACAAAGUGUGUUGAGGAUGAACAUCUGAUUGUUAUUAAUGGGUCAGAUGAUCGUGAGAAUUGACAUUCCUUUUAGGGUUGAUGGAAGAGAACUUAUUAUAUAGACGUGCCUGCCCAUGGUAUGGUAAUGAUGUGGAUGAAUUGGGAACUGAUUGUAUUUCACGGUAGAGUUUGAAUUCAAGCUCUCCAUGAUACUAUAGUUUUCUGACCAUUUCUUUGCAGGCUGCUGCUGUGAAUGUAACUAUUAUUUUCUGGAGUCAUCUCAAAACACGAGUGACCCGGGAAUUGUGAUUUGACGGCUGAAUCAUUUUCCAACUCAACUGGUGCUGCUGUCUAAUUGCAACAACUCAGAUUUUUGGACUGAUCUUGUUGUAUGUUAUUCUUCAUGGUAGUCAAUAUAAUAUUUGUGUAGAAAGUGAGAAAUUGUUUAUAUGGUUCAAUCUCUAUAUAUUUUCUCAUUUAAUAAUUGGAUAUAUUUUUCA